AUCACGGAUUGCGUUUUCAAAAUGGCGACUCUCGAAGAGAAGCUGGAGAAGAUCCGGUCGCCGAAUCUCCAGAGCCAACAACAGACUGGGGUGAUUCUCAAAGCGGUUGAGGAAACACUUAAAGAACAGGAUACUCAACCGACAGCAACAGGACACUUUGCUGCCUUGUUAGCUUUGCUGAAUCAAUCUCUCGAGAAUGGGAAAAUCAACCAAGAAUUGACACCGUCUGUCGUCUAUCUUCUCGAUGUCGUAACACCCUUUGCGCCGCAGCCCCUCCUUCGAUCUAAAUUCACCCAAAUUCUUACACUCUUGGCGCCUGUCCUACUACUCAAAGACGCUGAAGCGCCGCUGCUGAAGCCUUCAAUCGGAUGCCUGGAAUCGCUACUUCUUGCACAGGAUUCGGCAGCAUGGAAACUUUCGACCAGUGAGAUAAGUCCGCGACGGGCUGUCGCAGGUCUCUUAAACCUUGCUCUAGAUCACAGACCGAAAGUGCGAAAGCGGGCGCAAGAUGCCUUACGAAAAGUCCUCAAGAAUCCCCCUCCGAGUCCGUCACUAGAUCACCCAGCAGCGGAUCUAUGCGCCGAAACGGCAAUGAGAAGCUUGACGGAUAUAGCAAACAAGGCAGCGUUGUCGAGAAAACAGAAGAAAUCGACAGCGGAGCACGACCCUGCGCUUAUACACGCCUUGCAGCUUGUCAAGACAGUCGCGGUGGCGAGCGGUGGUUGGCCCAGCAAGAAUAUCGAGGCUCUAUGCGAACUUUUACUCAACAUUGCGAAGAGUGGGAAUGAGCACAUGACAAUGGCCGUCUUUGAGAUCUUCGAGAUGAUUUUUGAAGGCAUGGCCGAUGAGGUUGCAUCUACUAAACUGCCCCGUCUUCUCGAAAUCAUCUCUGAGAUGCGUCCCUCUUCUAACGAUACCCAAUUACUUCCGCCUUGGAUCGCCAUAUUAUCGCGAGGAUACGAUGUUUCCGCUCAGAUCGAGCCCGAAGAGACGUUCUCCAAGCUCCCGGCCUUGUUUGGGAUGAUAUCUAGUUUUAUGGAAUCAUCUUCACAUAAUAUAAGAAUAUCUGCAUCGGAAUGUUUGAUAUCAUUUAUGGCGAACUGUAUUCCCGACCAAGUCAUAGUAGAACCCUCUAUCUAUGAUGAGAAAAUGAUUGAGCAAAUAGCCCAGAUUGCCGAAGGCCUCCUCAGCGUACAAUACCAGGCAGCCUGGAUGGAAACAUUCAACGUCCUCGGUGCCAUUUUCGACGCCCUGAAGUGGCGUGCCAACCCGACGAUGCUGAAUGUUGUGCGUACGGUUGGCGAACUUCGUGGGAAUGAUUCUUUUAUGGGCAAAAAGGAGGCAGAUGAAGUUCUCGGGAAAGCGAUUCGAGCAAUGGGCCCCGAGGCCGUCCUCAGUGUUCUUCCUCUAAACCUCGUCAAGCCAGCUAAGGGCCAGCUUGGUAGAGCCUGGAUGCUGCCAAUCCUCCGAGAUUAUACUAGCAACACCGAUCUCCAGUAUUUCAAAACCGAGUUCAUCCCAUUAAGUGAGGCUAUGUUUCAGCGAGUUCUGGACAACGGUGAAGCCGCAAAGACGAUGGAGGUUAAGAUAUACGAAACACUGGUACACCAAACCUGGUCUAUAUUACCCGGCUUUUGCGAUCUACCCUUAGAUCUAACAGUAGCAUUUGACCAAGUCUUUGCUGAGAUGCUCGCUAAUCUCUUGUACAAGCAAGUCGAACUUAGACUUGAUGUCUGCCGGGCCCUCAAGGCCCUUGUUGAAUCGAAUCAAGAUGUAGUUUCACUUGAAGACGAGAGUUUGAUUCUCAAAAGCCGAGUAUCGAAAUCAGAUGCUCAGAAGAAUCUAGACUAUCUUGGGAACUUUGCUGGUAACCUCCUGGCAGUUCUUUUCAAUGUCUACAGCCAGACACUUCCUCAAUCCAGGGGUCCUAUACUUCAGACAAUCAAUUCCUACCUGAGCAUAACGCCUGAAAAGGAACUCGUUGAGACAUUUGACCGCGUCAGCACGAUGUUGGCAUCGUCACUAGCUGAACUUGAUGACAGCAAAGAAAAGAACCAAAAGUCAAAGGAGAAGAUGCCCUCUACGAGUCAGACACUCAUGGAUUUGGUCAUUACCAUGUCUAUUUACCUUCCUCGCCAAAGCUUUGGUCCUCUCUUUAAUAUUGCGGCACUUGUCAUAGUGAGAGAUGACGCCCCCCAGCUACAGAAGAAAGCCUACAAAUUAAUUCCACGGCUUGCCGAGUCAGAGAUUGGCAAAGCAGCGCUCCAGGAACGAAAUGGGGAAUUGCAAGGCCUGAUUCUAUCCAGCGCAGAAAAAGUCUCGGUCCCUGCACGAAGAGAACGAUUGGCCGCAAUUACUGCGCUGGUGCCGUUCAUCCCUGCUACGUCGCUUCACUUUAUCCCUUCAGUAUUGUCUGAGGUAGUUAUAUGCUGCAAAGAGCAAAAUGAGAAAGCGAGAACUUCGGCUUUCGAACUACUCGUUCUUAUGGGCCAGAAACUAGCAGAAGCGAAGGGCAGCCCUAUUGAUAACAGCAAAAUUCCUCAUAUGCCAAAGGAUGCACCACCCGUAUCUGCAAGUAUUGAAGAAUACAUCACUAUGGUUAGUGCCGGACUUGCGGGUAGCACGCCACACAUGAUAUCUGCUUCUAUCACUGCCCUUACUCGCAUUCUCUACGAGUUCCGCGAGACGCUGAACCAAGAGGUGCUCAGUGAUCUUGUACAGACCAUGGAUCUAUUCUUGACAUCUAACAACCGAGAGAUCGUCAGGAGUGUUUUGGGAUUCGUGAAGGUAUGCGUGAUUAGUUUGCCAACGGAACUGAUGUUACCACGCUUACCAACUAUGAUUCCAAACUUGAUGGUAUGGGCACACGAGCACAAAGGUCACUUUUGCAGGGCGAAGGUUAAGCAUAUUCUCGAGCGAAUGGUCCGACGCUUCGGAUUCGACGUUGUCAAUAGGAAUUGCCCCGAAGCGGACCGGAAGCUGAUAACCAACAUCCGAAAGACUAAGGAACGUAGCAAGAGACGAAAGGACGCUGCCAAGGAAGCAGGCAACGAAGAUGAUCAACAGUCCGGCAAGCGACGAGGUCGAUUCGAGAGCGAAUAUGACGAGGCGCUAUAUAGUAGCGAAGAAUCAGAUGCCUCUGACGACUCUGACGCCGAGGUCCUCGGAAAGUCGCGAAAGGCACAGAAGGGCGGCUCCACAUACAUCAUGGAAGAUGAUGACGAACCUCUCGACCUAUUAGAUCGCAAGGCCCUUGCUAACAUCUCCUCUACAAAGCCUGGGAAAUUACGCAAGGCGGGCAAAACCAAGGCCAAGACCGAUAUGGACGGCAAGUUGAUAUUGGGCGAAGAGGACGACGACAAUGACGCUAUGAUUAUUGAUACACCUGCUCAAGGUGGAGAGGAGGGCGGUGUCGGAGCUUACGUCGCGGCUCUCAAGAGUAAGGAUGUCGGACGCAGGGGACGAGGCGGGCGUCUUAAGUUCUCUAAUAAGCGAGGGAACGAAAACGAUGACGAGGAUGCGGAAAUGGAUGUCGACGAGAAAGAUGUUUCCAACAUCAAAUCACAAAUCAGCAGGGGUGGCAGAGGCGGUUUCAGCCCUCGAGGAGGUCGUCCUCAUCGUGGCGGAGGUAUGCGCGGAGGGAGAAGUGGUAAGGGAGGCAUCGCUUCUGGGAGACGAGGGCUCGGGCAGGAUAAGAGACAUGGCCCGGCGUUCUCAGGCAAGGUUGGCAAGCCGAAAUCUCCCGGCCGGAGGUGAGCGGAUCGUAAGUCUGAACCGAGUUUGAUACCCGUUUGCGGCAUACUUGCUGCUCUACAUAGAUGGUUACGAGUAUCUCAACGGACGUGUUUGUUAGUCCGGUUAAUGGCUUUAGGCGUACAUAGGCACGGGUUAUGAAGAUGAAUUCUUCUUUUUAGGAACGAAAAAUAAAGAUGUUGCGUCAA